GCCCUGGAUACCUCAGUCCGCCCUGACUCCCCCUUCCCCGGCCUCCGGGUCCCCUCCAGCCCCGCCGGACGCCUGGACUCGCCCUGACCCUGCGGUCGACUCGGCUACACCAUGCCUCGCCCCAAACCCACACCCCGACGGCGCGGCGGUCCCCCGCCCCCCCCCCCAUCGCCCCGGCCGCGGGCACGCAGGCGCCACCCAGGUCAGCGGGCAUUGCAGGAGAUCUGCAGGUACCAGAGCAGCACCCGCCUGGUGCUGUGCCCCAGCCCCUUCGCCCGCCUGGUGCAGGAGCUCUGCCUGCUCUUCACCCGCGGGGUGGAUUACAGCUGGCAGCGCAUGGCCCUGCUGGCACUGCAGGAGGGAGGGGUCAGAGGGCCCAGGCGUGGUGGAGGGGGUUCACAGAGGGGCUGGAGGGGUCCUAUGGGUCCUCCAAUGGUAUCCAGGGGACUAAGGGGGUGGGGAGGGGGCUGA